AUGCUGCUGGUCGUGAGAGUUUUUCUCCUGCUGGGUUUCGCCUCGGCGCUUCUUGCUGCUGGUAAAAAACGUCUGAUCUCGCUGGAGCUGGAGCAGAAGGUCAGGCCGAAGGGAAGGAAUGUGAAACUGGCUCUGGAUCCCUCUGCGUAUUCCUACCUCUCCAUCAGGUCGGACUCAAGCAUUGCCAACUUGUCUCUGUCACCGUGGACCUACAUAGACUCUGUAAACCCGCACCGUUUCCCGGAGAGGAUCUUACAAGCCAACUGCAGCACGUCCGGCUGUCUGAACCUUUACAGGGGAGAGGAGGAUUUAUCUCUGGAGGCCAAACCCAUCAAAUAUCAGGUCCUGGUUCUGUACAGAACCCUGAAGGAAAAAAAGAACAAGAAACCAGGGAAGAAGGCAAAGAAGAAGUAUGUCUUUAAGCUGGGGACGGAAGAGAUCACGGUCGGCUGUACUUGCGUGAGACCCAAUGUGAUACCACAGGAGUAACAACACGUCCAGCAGAUGCUCUGGUGACACGUAUCGACCAUAUCAUCUACUGUCUGUUUGGUUUGGUUGACACAGAUACAGGAGAGAACAGAUACUGUAUCUGCUUUCAACUGUAUUUAUUGCUGUAGAUAAAAUAAGAUUAUUUUUGACAA